AUGAUCGAGUCACUAAUCAGCAUAGCCUUCUGUCUCUCCAGUGUGCUCACGGUGCUGAUCCUAUUGCUUCCUUCACAAUAUGAACCACAGCAACCAGCCUCUUCGGGCGCCAACGGGACCAAAAAGCCCACUAUUCAAAUUCUUGUGCUUGGGGAUAUUGGUCGCAGUCCACAAUCCGAUCCCCAUCCUGAUAUCACGUCUCAUCCAAAUAUCAAUAUUGUACCGCUUCGUCCGCACCCCGCUAUACUACAAACUAGUAACAGACUUCUGUUCACCAUUUAUGGACCUUUGAAAGUCCUAUUCCAGGUAUUUUGCCUAUGGAAAUGUCUUGCAUACACUACAAAACCAGCCAAGUGGCUUUUGGUUCAGAAUCCACCCUCCAUUCCUACACUAGCAAUCGCCUCCAUCACUUGCUUCCUGCGCCAAACAAAGCUUGUCAUUGACUGGCACAAUUUCGGAUACUCUAUCCUCGCUCUAAAACUUGGCCAAAGUCAUCCAUUGGUGAGACUAUCGACCUGGUACGAGAAAGUAUUCUGCAAAUCUGCCUCGGCCCAUCUGUGUGUGACAGAUGCUAUGAAGUCUUUCCUUAGGAAAGAAUUUGAGCUAAAAACCCCCAUUUUGCCUUUGCACGACCGUCCCGCCAGCCACUUCAAUCCCAUCCUCGACCCAAAUGCACGGGCUGAGUUCCUUGCAACGUUACCGGAAACCAAGGAAGUUCGCUCCUAUUUAACAGCAGGAACCCUCCGUGUUCUUGUCAGUUCUACUUCCUGGACUGCGGAUGAGGAUUUCUCCGUCCUCAUAGAUGCCCUUCUCAGGUACUCUGAAUUGGCCACCACGACGCAACCUCAUCUUCCAGAGGUCUUGGCAAUUAUCACAGGGAAAGGUCCGCGGAAAGAGAUGUAUUUGGAACAAAUUGCUUUGCUAGAGGACUCUGGCAAACUUCAAAAGGUCACCAUCCGAACUGCGUGGCUGAGUGUGCCGGACUAUGCAAAGUUGUUGGCAUCCGCGUCUUUGGGUGUCAGUUUGCAUACCAGCAGCAGCGGGGUAGAUCUCCCAAUGAAGGUUGUAGAUAUGUUUGGCGCUGGUCUUCCGGUAGUCGGGUGGGACCGUUUCGAGGCCUGGCCCGAAUUGGUGACUGAGGGUGUCAACGGGCUCGGCUUUGGUAGCUCUGAGGAGUUGGCCGAGCACUUGACCGAUUUGUUCGGGAACAGCGGCAGAUUGGAGACUCUUCGUCAAGGCGCACAGAAAGAAAGCUCUCGAUGUUGGGACGAUGAAUGGGAUCCUAUUGCGGCCCCUCUUCUUGGUUUAACGUAG